UUGACUCAUGGCACUGGCCACACUCAAGGUGUUUAGUGGUUGCAUGCAGCUAAUGGCUACAGUAUUGGAUAGCACGUUUCUGGUGAAUUCCAAAAGAGUCAGGCUUAGGGUGCUAGAUGUAAGAUGAAAGUUUCAGGUAAAGUGAAUUUGUUUUUCAGGCCCAAGUCCCAGCCCUUCUGAAAGAAAGCAACUGUGACAAGAGGCUGGAAGGACGGAGUCCAUGCCAGGUCCUGCCACUGAGAACGACCCGUUUGACAGAGACCUGUUCCAGAGCUUCAGGGCAGAGGCAGAAGAUUCUAGAAAGGCGCAGGUUCUGAUUUGCUUCACCUGUGGCAGUGCUUGGUUCCCUGCGUAGCAUGAGUGAACCUUCACGGGACUCUACUCUCUUCAAGGAGCAGCAGAAAAUGAACAUAGCUCAGGGAUCCAUGUCAUUCGAGGAUGUGACUGUGGAACUCACCCAGGAGGAGUGGCAGCAGAUGGGCCCCAGGGAGCGGAGCCUAUACAGGGACAUGAUGCUGGAGAACUAUGGCCACCUUGUCACAGUGGGGUGUUGCAUUACCAAACCCAAGGUUAUCCUCAAGUUGGAGCAAGGAGAAGAACCAUGGCCGCUAGAAGUCAAAUUCCUAAACCGGAAGUACCCAGGAUAUUAUAAAAUUGAUGGCAACAUACAAGAGAUCCAGGAAAAACAAAAGAAGACUCUGUGUCAAGUAAUAUUCGUUGAUGACAAUGAUAAAACAAUGAGUAAAGAAGAACAGAAAGCACACCUCAUUCGGUAUCAGAGGACCCAUUCAAGGGAGAAACUUCAAUAUGAAGAAUGUGGGAAAUCCUUUUGUACAAGUUCACACUCUAUUCAGUAUUCUGGAGCGUAUAUGGGAUUGAAACUUUAUGAAUGUAAUGAAUGUGGGAAAACUUUCUGUCAGAAGUCAAACCUUAGUGAACAUGUCAGAAUUCACACAAAGGAGAAAAAUUAUGGUAACAAUGACUGUGGGAAAUCUUACAGGUCACCCCUUAUAGGACAUCAGAGAACAGAAACAAAGAUGAAACUCUGUGAAGGCAGUGAAUGUGGGGCAACAUUCUUCAAGAUGGCAUGUCUCAAAGAACAUUGGAGAAUUCACACUGAGGAGAAACCUUAUGAAUGUAUUGAAUGUGGGAAAAUUUUCUUCACGUCAUCACAUCUCAGAGCACAUCAGAGAAUUCAUACAGGUGACAGACACUAUGAAUGUAUUGAAUGUGAGAAAACUUUCUCUCACAAGACACACCUCAAGGCACAUCAGAGAAUCCACACAGGAGAGAAACCCUAUGAAUGUAUUGAAUGUGGAAAAUCUUUUACCUGUAAUUCAGCCCUAAAGGCACAUCAGAGAAUUCACACAUGUGAGAAACCCUAUGUAUGUGCUGACUGUGAGAAAACUUUUGCGUGUAAUUACCUCAGAUCACAUCAGAGAAUUCACGGGGAGAAACCUUAUGAAUGUAAUGAAUGUGGGCAUUCUUUUACCUUCAGUUCAGGUCUUAGAGCACAUCAGAGAAUUCACACAGGUAGGAAGCCCUAUGAAUAUAGUGACUGUGAGAAAACUUUUACCCAUAAUUCAGCCCUCAGAGUACAUCAGAGGAUUCACACAGGGGAGAAACCUUAUGAGUGUAAUGAAUGUGAGAAAACUUUUGCCCGUAAUUCAGCACUUAAAGCACAUUAGAAAAUUCACACAGGGGAGGAACCCUAUGACUGUAAUGAAUGUGGGAAAACUUUCACUGAGAAGAAACCAUUUGCCCUUAACUCAUCCCUUAGAGUGCAUCAGAGAAUUCACACAGGUGUAAAAUGCUAUGGAUGUGAUGAAUGUGGGAAAACUUUCCCCUGGAAGUCACACCUUAGUGCACACCAGAGGUCUCACACAGGGGAGAAACCCUAUGAAUGUAAUGAAUGUGGGAAAACCUUUUCCCAGAAGUCACACCUUAGUGCACACCAGAGGACUCACACAGGGGAGAAACCCUAUGAAUGUAAUGAAUGUGGGAAAACUUUCUCUAGCAAGUCAUGUGUUAGUGCACAUCAGAGAGUUCACACAGAGGAGAAACCCUAUGAAUGUAAUAUAUGUGGGAAACCAUUUGCCCUUAACUCAUCCCUUAGAGUACAUCAGAGAAUUCACACAGGUGUGAAACCCUAUGGAUGUAAUGAAUGUGGGAAAACUUUCUCCCGGAAGUCACACCUUAGUGAACACCAGAGGACUCACACAGGGCAGAAACCCUAUGAAUGUAAUGAAUGUGGGAAAACUUUCUCCCAGAAGUCACACCUUAGUGCACACCAGAGGACACACACAGGGGAGAAACCCUAUGAAUGUAAUGAAUGUGGGAAAACCUUCUCUAGGAAGGCAUAUGUUAGUGCACAUCAGAGAGGUCACACAGAGGAGAAAUCCUAUCAAUGUAAUGUAUGUGGGAAACCAUUUGCCCUUAACUCAUCCCUUAGAGUGCAUCAGAGAAUUCACACAGGGCAGAAACCCUGUGAAUGUAAUGAAUGUGGGAAAACGUUCUCUGUGAAGUCAUAUAUUAGUGCACAUCCGAGAGUUCACACAGGGGAGAAACCCUAAGAAUGUAAUGAAUGUGGAAGAAACCCUAUGAGUGUAAUGAAAGCUUUUGCCCAGAAUUCAACUCUCAGAAUACACCAGAGAAUUCACAGAAGGGAGAAACCCUAUGAAAGUGGUGAAUGUGGAAAAAUUUUUGUUCAUAUGGCAGCUCUUAGAGUACAUCACACCAGAAUGCAUACCAGAGAGAAAAUCCUAGCACAUCAUGAAUUUGAGAAGUCCUGAAUUAACUCAUAACCUUAUUUUAUACCACACAGCAGAGAAACUCUUGUCAUGUAGACUGGAAAAUUGUUUUCCUUAACAUUUUCCUUUUCCGCUAGGCUCAUAGGUUGUUGAAAAUCCCAGUCUCAUUCAUCCAGGUGGGCUGACCAAAGAAUAUGGUGCUAAUGAUAUCUAUUACAUUUAGUCAUGGCCCUUAAACAUCUUACAGUCUUCCUGGUCCAUGGCAAGAUGGGAUUGAGAUGAUUUCCACAGCAAGUUGGCUUUUGUGUUGAAUGUGGCAGAGCACAAGGUCAAAGGAAGCUGGAGUCAGAAUAACUUUGGAAUAUAAUUUUCUGCUUCCAGAUCUUCAUCAGUUGUUUGUUUCAAGCAGGAAUUAAGUUUGUUUUCCAUUGAGCCCUCAGAUUUGACCUAUUAGUUAAAUGUAUUGUUUUGCUAACUCUCUAUUAGACUGGGAUGAAAUCCUAUUAACAAAAUACAUUUCAGAAGAACUAUUAGAAUCAGUUUUAUUGUAUAUCAGAGACUUCACAUGAAGAAGAAAAUUGUCAACAUCCUGAAUGAUCAGAAGCCUUCAUUAAAGUCAGAGACAUUUCAGGGAAAACCACAAAAGCCUUCACAACAAAAUUAAUUGCAUUAAACAUCAAAUAGGGUAAAAUUUUAUAUUUUGUAUAAAUGAUGUGUAGCAAAUAUUAAAUUUGUUUUUAGAAAUUUCUUUCCUGAGGAAGUGUGUCAGUUUCAGAAUUGAAGAAAAUAAAAUCUUCACCCACAAAAACUUCUGUUUGUAUGUAAUAUCAAAAACUUUAUAGAAAAAAGAUAAGAAAGUGCCUAUAGACAAACUCACUGUAGAAUAAAGUUUUUUAAAUAGAGGAAUAGCUUAAUUUCUGUGGAUAACACCAAUAAAUAUUUAUGAAAAGUCA